GGAACAACUAUCGAUCGACAUUCCAGUGGGUUUUAAAGAAAACAAUGGCAACCCCACUUCCGAGAGGGCUUAGAGCUCAUACGAAAUCUAGACAAGGUUGCAUGGCAUGCAAAUCACGAAAGGUGAAGUGCAACGAAGUGCGCCCUGCAUGUGAUGCGUGCCUCCGCCGAGAAAUAUCAUGUCACUACGCCUUACCAGCUCAAAAACGACUGACAGAGACAAGGUCCCCUUUCAAUCCGCCUUAUGACCUUGAUCCCUCAAGAGAACUCGACAUUACAGUGACGCGUGAAACAAAAGAGCGUCGGUUGCUUGAAAUGCGUCUACUUCACCACUUUUGUUCUGAGACCGCCCAAAAAGGGUUUCUCUCUAUUCACGAUGAAGCUGUUCGUGAUCUUUGGACUAAAGGUGCUCCGACUCUAGCUUUCGAUCAUCCAGUUCUCCUGAAUAUUAUGAUUUCAAUUGCAGCUCUCCAUCUUACUAAGAUCAACCCAGCGGAUGAAGACAUGGCAGAUGUUCAUCGAAUAUAUUUCAAUGCAGCUGUUCGCGAGCAUUGCCAAAUCAUACAAAAUAUCAAUAAGGAUAAUGUUGAAGCUGUAUGCCUUUCUACAAUUUUAAUUGGGUUGCCCGCGUUCAUCCUCCUGCAGAACAACAAUGUUGGUCAUUACACAGUCCCAACUCAAGUAUUCGCUCUUCUCCGUGGCAACGUUGCUUUAUUUUCGCUGACAAUUCCUAUGCUCGAUGUGAAUAGUCAGCUAGAAGCUCUCAUGUCCGCCAAACCAGAUAUGAAGACGUUAAUGGCAGACAUUCGUGGAAAAAUAUAUCAUGAACCAUUUUCGGAGCUUUUAAAUUGGAGGGCGCCGGGUGAGAUUAUUGAUGAGGAAAGCCAGGCUGCUUAUACCUUUGCAUUGAAUUAUUGUGGACGCAUUCUACUCGGUGUUGAAGGUGGUGAGGACCUUUACGAACUUCGCCGCGUCAUUUAUGCGUUUCCGACAGUCACACAUGAAGCAUUCGUUCAACAAUUGAACAAAAAAAACAAUAGAGCACUUGUUAUUUUGGCUCACUUUUUUGCACUUUGCAAAGCUGCCGAUAAUGUCUGGUGGAUGAGAGGAAUUUCGGAAAGAGAGGUGUUUGGUAUACAAUCCAUUCUCCCUGAAAAUUGGCAAUGGGCAAUGGCAUGGCCUCUGCAGAAGCUUGCAGAGUACGCUGCUAUUAAUAGGCCAGCUUCAACUAAAUAGGCAGAUGGUGAUAUGUCAUAUUUGUGCAUUUUUGUAUAGUACAAACUAGAAAGCUGCUUGCGGAACCUAAAAUCAAUCUUCAAUUUCGAUUAGAAUGGCACCGGCCCCGCUGCUGCA